UUCUAUGAUUCUUGUUUGCUGUUUUUCUUUGCCCUGUAUAGAAGGAAACCACCUCUCUCUCUCUCUCUCUCUCUCCCUUCUCUGUUUCUCACAAGCAUAUAUAUUUUCUUCUCACCAAAAUAACUGCAAAAAGUCUCAAACACUUCAAAAUUAAAAUCCUCUUUUAUAUCCUUUCCCUGUUUACCCCAUACAAAGUUUAGUAGUUUCUUGUCCUCUUCUUGUUUCUUGAUUUCAAGAACCUCCCUUGCUUUCUUCCUUUUCUCUGACUUUAGCAGGCAACAAAUUCCCUUCUGCAGUAUCUCUGCUUCAUUUCAGAUCAGAAAGAAACAUUCUUUCUUCUGAUUCUUUAGUUUUCUCAAAUUCAUCCCACAUUCUUGAAUCUACACAAAAAGCUGCAAUUCUUUUUUUUUUUUUUUUGUCCUCUUCAAUUAUUCUAUGAAAUCUUCAAUUUUCACUUCCUUUGACUCGGUAGUCUAAUCAGAAUAUCUUAUAGUCCAUCCAUCAUCUUUGAAUACUUUUUCGUUUCCUCUUUCUUGAACUAAUAUUAAUUCAGUCUUUUCUUUUUGUUCUCAACAUAAUUGUAAUAAUAAUAAUUUCUUGCUUUCUGCUGUACCAUUAAUAUGUGUUCAGAAACAAGCCCUCGUAUAUCAUUCUCUAAUGAUCUUGCUCAUGGCGAUGGCACAGAAAACGAGCACGUGCCUAGAAGAGACACAACGCUCCUUGAAUCAAAUUCCGACUUCGAAUUCAACAUCUCCAGUCGUCUGCUAGAUUAUGAAUCUUCUUUGGCAGAUGAGCUUUUCUCCAAUGGCAUGUUACUUCCUUUCCAAGAUAAUAAACAAGAAACUUCUCCAAACGUUUCUCAAAAUAUUUCACGAAACGUUUCACGACAUGUUUCUCUCCUUCCUCUUCCUUCUCCUUCUUGUUCCACUCUUACCAGUUCUUCAAAUUCAAGAAAGAAAUUGAGUAAUACUGAAAUUAGGGUUUCGAAUUCGGAAUUGGAAGAAAAGGCAGAGCCAAAAUCAACAUUUUGGGGAUUCAAGAGAAGUAAUAGUCUAAACUGUGAUCUAAAGAAAGGUUCAAUUUUUUCAUUGCCAGUUUUGUCAAGAAGCAAUUCAACUGGAACAGCAGCGCCAAAUUCAAAGAGAUCAUCAAUGGCAAAGAAGUUAUUACCAUCAACAUCUUCUGGUUCUUCUACUAAUUAUGUGUACACAUUUCCUCAUAAUAAUAAUAAUAAUAAUAAUAAUAAGCCUCCGUUGAAGAAAAAGUAUGGUGGAGUACCUAAUUGCAACAAUGGUGUUAAAAUUAGUCCUAUUUUGAAUGUUCCUCCUCCUUAUAUAGCUAAAGGAGCUGCAAAUCUGUUUGGUUUGGGAUCUCUUUUGAGAAAUGGCAAAGAAAAGAACAGAAAGUGAUCAAGGAUAUUAAUUAUUAGUAAUUUCAUUAUGAAAUUAAUUAGCUAUUCUAUGUCAUAUUUAUAUGUGUAUGUAUAGAUUAUCUGGGUUCUUGUUAUUAAUUGUUAAUUAAUCUCUCAUUUCUUUUAAAUUAAUUAAUUAAGAAGGGGUAAAUUAAGAAUCUGGAAA